AUGGCUUCCCCAGCUGUCACCUCCGCUUUACAGCAGAUCGAGGCAACAUCGGCCAGCGAAAAGCCCUCCCAGUAUACCGCCCUCCUCCAACAGAUAGUCGAAACAUCGAACAAUGUUGCCGCUGACUUGAACGCAUACGCACAAACUCUCCUUGACGACUCUCUUGGCAUAGUAGUCCUCCGACCACUUCUUGCUGCUUUCGUGGACGCUUACCGGACGGUCAAAGACCCAGAUGCUAAGAUUGAUGUUGGAGAGAAAGUUAUCACGCUCCUGCAAUCCAAGGGCGCGGGGCAGUACGAGGAACAAGAUACACAAAUCAAGCAUGCCCUGGCAGACGCGUUCGAACAAAACGACGAUUUCAGGCGGUCUGCGCAGACACUUGCAACCAUAAACCUCGAGUCGACACAAAAGUCAGUUUCUGCGGACGAUAAGGCGAAAGUUUGGAUUCGAAUAGUGCGGUGUUACUUGGAGGAAGAUGAUCCGACAAGCGCAUUCACACACCUGAACAAGAUCAAGAACAUCAUAUUCAACGUGCAGGACAAGGCAACCAAGGUCAUGUUUCAGCUGAGUCAAGCCCGAAUCCUUGACUCGCAACGAUCCUUCCUCGAUGCCGCGCAGGGAUACUACACCUUGAGCAACGAGCCGCUAGUCGACACUGAGGAACGGGACGGCUUUCUCGGUAGAGCUAUUAUCUGUACGGUCCUCGCUCCUGCCGGUCCACAGCGAGGCAAGAUGUUGGCCAAGCUAUACAAAGAUGACCGAGCUAGUUCUGCUGAAGACUACGCCAUCCUCGAGAAGAUCUUCUUGAAUCGUCUCCUUACACCCGCUGAGAUCAAGGCCUUUUCCGCUAAGCUCGAUCCUCACCACCUUGCCCGAGGCGCCGACGGCCUGACUGUGCUUGACAAGGCCAUUCUCGAACAUAACUUGCUCGGCGCAUCGAAGCUCUACAACAACAUUGGAUUUGAUCAAUUGGGCGAACUGUUGGGUAUAGACGCGGAGAAGGCAGAAGACUAUGCGGCGAAGAUGCUGGAGCAAGGACGACUUGCCGGAUACAUUGACCAAAUCGACCGAUACGUCUUCUUCGAGGGCGAGGCCAGUGGCGAACGCAAGACUGGACAUGCAGAGCGCGUUGUAGGCAAGGAGCUACGAAAGUGGGAUACCAAUGUCACUGGUCUGGCAGAGGAGGUGGAGAAAGUCACUUCGAUGAUCCAGAACCAAUAUCCUGACUUCUAUGCGUCGCAGGUAGUGCACUAG